AUGCCGCCUCUUCCGCAAUCUCGAGUAAAAUCCAAUCGAAUAUUGAUAAAGGACAUGUUCGAACAUGCAUACGACAGCUAUAUGUAUAACGCAUACCCUGCCAGCGAAAUCAAGCCAAUGACUUGCAAACCUGCUGUCUUCAAUCUAGUCAGAAUACCUGCCCUCACGCUAAUCGACUCACUUGACACUCUUGUCAUUCUUGGAAACUACACUGAAUUUGCUCGGUCUGUUGAACGCUUGCGUGAGCUCAAUGAUUUCAUGGACAGCAAAACUGGAGAAUCGGGAAAAGGAGGUAUCUUUGCUCUAAAUCAGAAUGUUAGUGUAUUUGAAACAAAUAUUCGGAUUCUAGGCGGGCUGCUGUCCGCCCACCAACUGGCAGAGGCGUUUCUGAGUGACAAAGUGAUUAGAGCAGAUGUUUGGGAUUCUACUGGCGCGAUCCUGGUCGGAAAUGACAGAACGUUAGUCUGUGAGAGGAAUUAUGAUGCACAAGAAAUAGAUGAUUCUCAUAGAUUUGUCUCGUCGAUUCCCCGUUGUACAACUCAACUGAUUCGCGGAGCGACUUGCCAGGACCAAUCAAACAUGUACUGGGAAUAUGACGGUUUUUUCCUCAAAUUGGCACAGGAUAUUGGUGACCGACUCCUGCCAGCUUAUGCUACUCAUACAGGCAUUCCUUACGGAACGGUCAAUCUUUUAAGUGGCAUUCCAUUAGAUGAAACGACAAUUGCAUCCUUGGCAGGAGGUGGAACGUUAUCAUUGGAAAUGGAGUUGCUCUCGCGUCUCACAGGCAACAUGGAGUACGGAAAAGCAGCAAAGCUUGCUGCGCGAGCACUCUGGGUCAGAAGUUCUCAAUUCAACACUUUUGGAAAACAUAUUUGCACCCAACGCGGACAGUGGACAGAAUCAUUGAGUGGAAUAGGAUCAAAUUCCGACUCAUUUUAUGAGUACUUGGUCAAGCACUAUGUCCUAUUUCCUGAAGACCACGGCUUCUGGCACUCGGCCCUCUCAGCUUAUGGCGGAGUGCAUAAUGAAUCGCGUCUUGGUGAUUGGUACGCUGAUGUAGACUUGACCAGAGGAUUGUCAACGAAUGGAGUAGCUCGUCGGAUCUUUGAAGCUUUGAUGGCAUUCUACCCAGGGAUGCAAGUACUCCUUGGUGAGAUUGUUCCCGCCGCGCGCUCGCUUAAUUCUUUUUUCCUUGUUCGAGAGUAUCUUGGAUUUCUUCCGGAGCGUUUUGAUUAUGGAAACUGGAAGGUGGAUGGUGGCGGCGGAUCUCAUUUUUUGCGCCCUGAACUCAUCGAAAGCGCUUACUUCUUACAUAGGGCCACCAAAGGCCUGCAAAGACCACAGAUGUCCAUGUCAGCCUCUAGUUGGCAAUGGGCUGCAGACUACGCGCUCCAAGCUCUCGACAAGAUUACUCGCUCCAAUUGUGGGUUUGCUUCGUUGCGAGAGACAGCUCCUUGGUCGACCGGUGCAGCUGCAUUAGGUAGCCCAGCAAGUGCUGAGCUCAUCGACGACAUGCCGUCAUUUUUUCUCAGCGAAACAUUGAAGUAUCUUUACCUCACUUUUGACGACGACAACAUAAUCCAUGACGACGAAGAUAGGGAUUGGAUCUUUACUACUGAAGCCCAUCCAAUUCACCAUGCCGAUGUGUCAAAUAAUGAAGAGAAACUAUCGAGGUUAGAAAAUCGAAAGAAAGAGUUGAUCCGACGCCUUCGAUCUAGGCUAGCUGGAUAUCCUGAUAGCCAAGACUUUAGGUGGGAUGGGCUAGACAGGGAAAAAUGGGCAAUCGGCACAUCUCUCGAGGCUUUUGCACAAAAGCUUUAUCCAUUUGUUAGUGAGGAGAAUGAAAACGCCGCACACCGGAGAAACAACACCGAAGCUGCUCUGACAGAACCCAUCUUGUCAAUUGAUCAUGUUUACCGUGGUCUAGAUGUUUUUGGCGAAACUCAGAAUGGAUUGAACGAUGCACACUUAAUGUUACGAAGGAAUGGAAAUGGUGUUGCCCUCGCUAAGUCGUGUCCAAACUUUUAUUCUUCGGAGCUUCUCUACAUUAAUGCACUGAAUGGUGGUGGAACUGAUUAUACGACUAGUUAUGUGUCAACCCUACGGGAUGCUGUACACCCCGGUGAGAGUCGCUUUCUCAUGAUGGGUUCUAUCGACGCCCUUGCUUGGUAUGGCUUUGGCGUUCAUGUGAUUGAAGCGUUCGACCCGACAUCUUUCUGUGUGGUCGAAUACCUUGAAAACCAACCGCCAGCUGCAGGAAGCAGCGACGAAAAACAGAAAGAGGUUGUCAGUCAACGUUUUGAUGGCGGUGACCUGGGCAACUUUGAAAUACUAGCAUUUGAUGGUGGUGCUGGCUUCUCGAUCAAACAUAUUGGCAGCGGGCAGUCACUUGCAACAACGAUAAUUCAAGAUGCUGCGAGCAUACAAAGCGGAGACAAGUACUUUAUGGUCGACCACAGGAUACCAUAUCUGAAGGAAACAGAAGUUCGUGAAUCUGAUGUGGUGCAUCAUAGCGAUACUGAAGCGCAUCGCUCUGUUGUUAUGACAGACAAUCGAAGCAACUCUUAUGUUUGUGUCGUUGAAAUCAUCGAGACAACACAUGUCCUUGGGGAGUAUCCCAUCGACCAACGGUACGUCGAUACCCCAACUACCGGAGGUCGUGAAUCCAUGAGAACUGUUUUGGCACGAUAUCCAUGUGCACCAGCCCUCUUUGGAGUGACUCAUCCGAAUAAUUUGGCCUCAACGAGCGAGAUCCGUGUCGAAGCUCAGCUUGUAACACCGAAACAGGGUGACAAAGCAGGUUGCAAAGAUAGUACUGAUCAGUCGUGUUCAACAGACGAACAGGAUCAUUGUGGACAUCCGACAAUGUUUAACAGGUCAUCCCGAAUACAAUUAGUACAGAGGGGUUCCUGUACUUUUCAAGACAAAUCGAGAAACCAGGUGGGGGCCGAGGCUGUGAUUGUAAUCAAUUCGAAAGAGGAAGAGUUGUUUGUGAUGUCUGGGAACAGCGACCAGAUUGAAUCGGAGUUAUUUGACAGUCCCCUCACUGUCUUGGUCUCCGGUGCUGAUGGCCUUGACAUGAUUGAAAAAACGGAAACCUUCAGUGAAGAAAGGAAUUCUAGAACAACUGCCGAUAUUUGUAUCCAACGAAGUUGUAUGGUUUCAGUUACUCGCGAGAACACAAAAGUCACGAAUGAUGGCAACGACUUUACAGUAAUGGGAAAUCAGUUUUGGCCUGCUGUGGUUGCAUCACCUGACGCAAUUCAAGUGUUUGUAGAAGAUGGCUGGGGUGUUCAUGCUGCGCAAAAGAGUAACGCUGGACCUGGACCUGUCGAGUGGCAACUUUACCUACUGCGGUUCUAUAAUGGCCAGGAGAAUAGCGAUGUUGCUGAAAUAGACGAAAUAUCAUAG